GAAUUUGAAAAAAUAGCUAGCCCCAAAGAGACAAAAAUAGAAUUUAUAAUGAAUGUCACGACAGAAAAAAUAAUGAAUUUAAAUGCGCGAAGUGAGUGGAAUAAAACAAUUACAAUUGGAACAAUAAUUUGCAAAUUCUUAAUGAAAUUAAUUAAAAAUAUUAAUGUAAAAACUCAAUUUUUCAUUGAACUAAAAAAUACUAAAACAAAUGUAGGUCUUCGAAAAUUCGGUGAAAUAUUAAUUCUAAAAGAAGCUCAAAACCAAAAUAAACCUACAGAAAAAGAAAUCUUUGAGUUAUAUAUGAGAAAGAAUGCAUUUGGAAUCUGGGUCUGUCCAGGACGUGUUGAAUCUUCAGGAAUUCCCACACCAGUUUAUGUCUCAUAUGAUUCUCCUAUUUCCGAAAAAAUUUGUUUAGAAUACCAUAAACGUGCAAUGCAUAGCGGAUUAAGACAAAGUUUGUGUGAAUUAAGACAAUGCUUUUGGAUAACAAAAGGAAGGCAAAAAAUGAAGAGUACAAUUAAUAAAUGUCUUCAAUGCCGAAAACAAUUAUUAAAACCUUUUGAAAUACCAAAAAUGCCAAUAUUACCUGAAGAAAGGAUAAAAAGAUGUUCUCCUUUUAAAAAUACAGGGUUAGAUUAUGCAGGUCCGUUUCAUGUAAAAACACAAGAAAAUAAAAUAAUUAAAAUAUGGAUAGAAAUAUUUACUUGUUUGACAACGAGAUUUUCGCAUUUAGAAUUAAUUACCGAUCUUUCCGCAAAUACAUGUGUUCAAGCUUUAAGGCGAUUUAUAGCAGAAUACGGAAAACCGGCAUUGAUUUUAAGCGACAAUGGAACCCAAUAUAGAUUGACUAGUAAAGUAAUAAAUGAAAUUGAAAAGAAUUUGGAUUGUGAAAAAAUUGAAUGGCGAUUCAUACCCGCUGUUUCUCCCUGGUUCGGUGGCGUGUAUGAAUCAAUAGUAAAAAUUAUGAAAAAGGCUCUUAAAAAUUCUGUUGGCCGAAAAAUGUUAAAUAUAGAAGAGCUCAGAACACUAUUGCCAGAAAUAAAAUACGUAAUCAAUUCUCGUCCCCUUACUUAUUUGUAUAAUGAUUUG